AUGUUAACAAAACAGUCUAACAGUAUUGAAUUUACUCCUACUAAACAAAGUGGCAAAGAAACAAGAAAUGGAAAAGAAUUAUUAGAUGAUCCAGUUCAAGAUCAUCGACCAUGUUUAUUGAUUAUGGGAUUAAAAAGAAGUGGAAAAUCAAGUAUUCAAAAAGUUGUAUUUCAUAAGAUGCUAGCAAAUGAAACAUUAUUUAUUGAAAUAUGGGAUUUCCCAGGACAAAUUGAUUAUUUUGAUCUGGCAUUUGAUUCCAGUAUAAUUUUUGGAGAAUAUGGAGCAUUGAUUUUUGUGAUAGAUGCACAAGAUGACUACUUUAAAGCACUUAAUCGACUUCACCAAACAAUUACACAAGCAUAUAGUUUUAAUCAAGAGCUUGUGUUUGAAGUAUUUAUUCAUAAAGUAGACGAAUUGUCAGAGGAAUUUAAAUUUGAUACAUUGAGAGAAAUUCAACAAAGAACAACUGAUGAAUUAGCAGACAUUGGAUUGGAAAAUGUUCCAAUAAAUUUUUACUUGACUAGUAUUUAUGAUCAUUCUAUUUUUGAAGCAUUUAGUAAAGUAGUUCAAAAACUUAUUCUGCAAUUACCAACAUUGGAAAACUUACUAAAUAUAUUAUGUGCUAAUUCUGGUAUAGAGAAAGCCUUCCUAUUUGAUAUCAAUUCAAAAAUUUACGUUGCAACUGAUAGUUCACCUGUGGAUAUACAAUCAUAUGAGCUUUGUAGUGAUAUGAUUGAUGUUAUUAUUGAUAUUUCAGAAAUUUAUGGGCAAAAUAAUUCGGAUGAAGCAAUUGGUCAAUCAAAUUUACUGGAGAAUGAGAAUACAACAACUUAUGGAACAAUUGCUGAUACUGCAAUUGACACCUCAUCAUUAAUCAAAUUGAAUAACGGAAUGAUAUUAUGUCUUAAAGGUGUCAAUAGAUUUCUUGUGCUAGUAUGUUUACUUCGAUCGGAUAAUUUUGAGAAACAUGGACUAAUAGAUUAUAAUUUUCAAUGUUUUAAGCACGCAAUAGCAGAAGUAUUUGAGUUAAAACGUCUUAAUAAUCCAAUAUCAACUUCAAAAUCAUCAACAAAAUCUACUACAUCAUCAUCAUUAAUACCAAAAAUUCCAUCGCCAAGUAUAUCAUAUUUUACAUCUCAUGUAACCUCCAAUAAUCCAACACCUUUCAUCAUCACAUCAUCAAUUUCACAUUGGCCUGCAUUAUCAACAACUCCAUGGACUUAUUUAGCUCAACAUAAUUUGUUUGAUCAAAUUCCUAGUAUUAAAGAUGACAUAUUGAUCCCUGAUUAUUGUUUUGUAAAUACAGUCAUACCUUUUUCAAAUCUUCCUUCAUCCACAAACAAUUCAAAUGAUGUUGAUGAUGAUUACAAUAAUUGUAAAGGGAAUGAGAACAACCAAAAACCAAGAAAAUAUAACCCUCCUCCUGAUGUUAUUAUAAAUGCAUGGUUUGGACCAAAAGGAACCAUUUCACCCAUGCAUACCGACCCCUAUCAUAAUCUUUUAGCUCAAGUUGUAGGAAAAAAAUAUAUAAGAUUGUAUUCGCCUGAAGAAACUACCAAUCUAUAUCCUUUUGAGCAAGAUGGAUUUCUUGGUAACACAAGCCAAGUUGAUGUAGAAGUGCCAGAUCUUGAACGGUUUUCUCGAUUUGCUUCAGCUAAAUAUCAAGAAUGUAUUUUGGAACCCGGAGAACUGUUGUAUAUCCCACCUGGCUGGUGGCAUUAUGUAAAAUCAUUAACCAUAAGUUUCAGUGUAAGCUUUUGGUUUUAA